AUGGUGGAGGCGGAGGAGGAGGGCCGAUUGCGAGGUGGAGGCGGCGAGGUGGAGUCGGCGACGAUGGUGGAGGCCGGAGGCGGAAGGGCUAGUCUCUCAGAGAAGGGGGAAGGGUUCGGCGACGAUUGUCGACUGAUUUGGGAAUUGGGGGAGGAGGUUGUGACUGCGAGGGCCGAGGGUGGAGAACUGGAGAUGCUUAGGGUUAGUGGGGCUGGGGGCGGCGUCGUUUAA